GUAGAAAGAGAUGACUGCUACGGAGAGUCUGACUCCCUCGGCUUCGGGUACCGGACGGGCGUCGGUGCACAUGAAUGGUGAGGUUCGGACCGGCGACGGCGGCACAUUGUUGGCACCUGCUGAUGGGGAAGACGAUGUCAGAGUCAGGGAGGAGAUCCACAAGAUACAGGAAGAGGGAAUCGAUGAGAGACAUCCAGACAUCGAUGGCGGUUGGGCAUGGGUGAUCUGUUUUGCCAGUUUCUUCGCCAACUUUCUGUUGGAUGGCGUGCUCUUCGCAUUCGGCGUUAUCAUACUGGAGCUACUAGAUUAUUUUGAGGACAGUAAAUCAAAGACGGCGUUGGUCGGAUCGGUACUCCUUGGCUUCAGUAUUGCCAUGGGACCAGUGGUCAGCCUACUACUGGAGUUUUUCAGCUGUCGACAGGUGAUGAUUUUGGGCAGCCUCAUUUCCUCAGUUGGGUUUGUCCUUAGCGUGUUUGCCCCAAACAUCGAAACCUUAAUUUUCACAUACGGAGCCCUUGGGGGGUCUGGAUUUGGACUGUCCUUCGUUACCGCCAUUUUAGUGGUUGGCUUACACUUCAAUGAAAAGAGAGCCCUGGCCACGGGUAUUGCCAUGAGCGGUUCUGGUGUAGGAACAUUCGCUAUCUCUUACCUAACGGAACGCCUACUGGAAUGGUACGGGUGGCGAGGCACCGUUCUUAUCAUAGCAGGACUCGUACUGAACUGCUGUGUAUGUGGCGCCCUCAUGCGGCCGCUGGUUAAACGUCCUACCAAGGUCCCUUCCUGCUGUUCCUCAUCACAGAAAGUAAGCUUUUGUCACAGAAAGUUCAGUUCUUCCCUCAACGAUGAUCUCGAACAAUGUUCCCUCCAAGAAGAGGAAUGGAAAAGUCCGCCAGUAGAAAAACCAUUUCUGAAGUCGAUUGACACACUGGUUUUAGCAGAGAAGAAAACUAGGCUAUUUCACAGCAACGAGCAUAUGAUCCCUUCUGUGGACCUCUCCCGUCGCCAAUACAAAAGUGAUCUUCAUCUUCAUAACUUCCAGUCUCUCACGCCUGCGCUGGACGCAAACACUCGCGUAAUCAAACAGGCUCUAGGACAACCAAUCCGUAGGAAGGAUAUAUUUUAUAGCGGAAGUCUGUAUAAUCUACCAGAAUACAAAAAGGAUCCAAACAUGAGGUCCUUUUUGAAGAGCAUGACAAGCUUACACAGAAGUGAAUAUGGUUAUACGUCACGUGCUGAUUUUUCUGUCACCGUUGAGGAAACUCACGAAAAAUUGACUUUUAUAGCUGCACACAAAGAAUUACUGUGCGACAAACUUUUCCUCAUGCUGCUCUUCGUCAUGACAGCUUGGACAGGUCACGCCUCCAUCCUCACCUACGUGCCCGACCUGGCCGUAUCUAGGGGCGUGUCUAGCACGCAGGCAGCCCUCCUCGUGUCUGCUGUCGGCUGCACGAACACCAUUGGUCGGUUGUUCGCCGGGUGGCUCACCAAUAGGCCCGAAGUGGACAGUGUCGUCGUCUACACAUGCGCAAUCCUACUGGCCGGGGUUGUAUCUGCCAUCUUCCCGCUCUGCAACUCAUUUCCAGUGUUCAUCGUCUGCUGCUGUAUUUUUGGCCUGUGCAUGGCUUCCUGUGUAUCCCUUCGGACCGUGGUUCUGGCAGACGUUUUGGGAGUGUCCAAGCUCACCAAGGCCUUCGGCAUUGUCGCUUUCCUCCAGGGCGUGGCCUUCACCGUAGGGCCUCCCAUCUCAGGGGCUCUGUACGAUUGGACACAGUCUUUCCUGCCUCCAUUCCUGCUCGCCGGCUCCAUGUACCUUGUUUCUGGUAUAACAUGCGCAGUGGUUCGUCCUGCACAAAAAUAUUUCACGAGGACAUCGUGUUUGCCUGACUGCAGUGACAACGACACAGAGGCUUCUCGGGAUUUCACCUUAAAGAAAUAAUUAAAAGCCCUUGGAAAUAUAUUGCAAAUGAUAGCUGGUACUAGAUAUAUCAUGGCAUAACAGUGAUGCAAAUGUUCACGUCAUGACCUGGGCGUCAACUGGUGCACGAAAGUGUGUGUGCGCGUGCCUACAGUUUACACGUCGUCUACAAUUGGGACAUUUUCAGAAAAAAUGCCUAACUGUUGGCUUGAGAAAGAAAUCUAGAAAGCUUCAUAAUGAAAAGAUAUGCACAUUCACAUAUGCAAUUACCCAUUUUAAG